GCACGGGGUCAUUUGCUCGCUGCAGGAAUACCCUGUCGACUUCGAUUCCUCGUGGGCGCAGGGCCGAAAGGCUUGGGAGGUGUGGCUGGCGGCGUUUGACGCCUGGGACCACGAGCGGAAACGGCUGUGUGAGGUGUACCUUCGCCUCGGUGAGGAUAAGGAUGCCGCAGAGGCUGCGGAGCUCGCCCGGGGAAAGUUUCCCAAAGCGCCGAGCAUGCCCGAGUCCGUGGUUGCCUUGUACCAGGCCGCGUACGACGGCGAUGUCGUGGCGCUGGCGGAUAUGCUAGAGGAUGAAGAGAUUGACAUUUGCUGCAAAGACCAUAACUUGCAGACACCUUUGAUGUUCGCCGCAGUCAGUGGCAGCUUGGAGUGUGUGGAGUACUUGGUGGACAUGGGUGCUGAUAUUGCUGCAGUCGACAAUACAGAGGAGACGGCGCUUGAUCUUGCUCUUGCGCGGCAUGGUGAAAAGUCCCCGCAACAUCCGGUGAUCUUGUACCUCCACUCAGUGAAGGCUCCCAGAGGCCCAGGAAAGAAGUCGAGGCCUUACACUUGA